AUGGCACAGGAAGGACUUCAGCUGGACCGAGAAACCUUCGCUUGUUCCAUCUGUUUGGAUCUACUGAUGGAUCCGGUGACUAUUCCCUGUGGGCACAGCUACUGCAUGAACUGUAUUAAAACCCACUUUGAUGAAGAUGACAGGAAGGGACUCCACAGCUGCCCUCAGUGCAGGAAGACUUUCACACUGAGGCCUGUCCUGGAGAAAAACACCAUUUUAGCAGCUUUAGUGGAGCAGCUGAAGAAGACUGGACUCCAAGCUGCUCCAGCUGAGGUCCACUGCUAUGCUGGACCUGACGAUGUGGCCUGUGAUGUCUGCACUGGGAGGAAGCUGAAAGCCAUCAAGUCCUGCCUAGUGUGUGUGAUCUCAUACUGUGGGAAACACAUUCAGCUUCAUUUUGAGUCUCCUGCCUUUGAAAAACACAAGCUGGUGGCCCCCUCCAAGAAGCUCCAGGAGAACAUCUGCUCUCGUCAUGAUGAGGUGAUGAAGAUUUUCUGUCGUACUGAUCAGCAGAGUAUCUGUUAUCUCUGCACAAUGGAUGAACAUAAAGGCCAUGAAACAGUCCCAGCUGCAGCAGAAAGGACUGAGAAGCAGAAGGAGCUCGAGGUGAGUCGACUAAACAUCCAGCAGAGAAUCCAGGAGCGAGAGAAAGAUGUGAAGCUGCUUCAACAGGAGGUGGAGGCCAUCAAUGGCUCUGCUGAUAAAGCAGUGGAGCACAGUGAGAAGAUCUUCACUGAGCUGAUCCGUCUCAUCCAGAAAAGAAGCUCUGAUGUGAAGCAGCAGGUCAGAUCCCAGCAGGAAACUGAAGUGAGUCGAGUCAAAGAGCUUCAGGAGAAGCUGGAGCAGGAGAUCGCUGAGCUGAAGAGGAAAGACGGCGAGCUGGAGCAGCUCUCACGCACAGAGGAUCACAACCAGUUUAUACACAGCUACCCCUCACUGUCAGCACUCAGUAAGUCUACGCACUCAUCCAGCAUCAAUAUCCGUCCUCUGAGCUACUUUGAGGAUGUGACAGCAGCUGUGUCAGAGACCAGAGAUAAACUACAGGACAUUCUGAGAGAGGAACAGACAAACAUCUCACUGACAGUCACUGAAGUGGAUGUUUUACUGUCACCACCAGAGCCAAAGACCAGAGGUGAAUUCUUAAAAUAUUCGCGUGAGAUCACACUGGAUCCACACACAGCAAACAAAUGGCUGUUUUUAUCUGAGGGAAACAGAAAAGUAACAUUUAUGAGACAACAACAGUUUUAUUGUGAUCAUCCAGAAAGAUUCACUGAAUAUUCUCAGGUCCUGAGUAGAGAGAGUCUGUGUGGACGUUGUUACUGGGAGGUGGAGUGUAGGGGUAAAGCAGUUCGCGUAGCAGUCUCAUACAAGAAGUUUAGCCACGAUGACCUUGGAUUUGGAAACAAUGACAAAUCUUGGGCAUUACAUUGGUACAAAAUGAAAGCCAAUUAUACAUUUUUGCACAACAAAGUCCAAACUGAUCUCUCAGGUCCUUGGUCCUCCAGAGUAGGAGUGUAUCUGCAUCACAGAGCAGGUAUUCUGUCUUUCUACUCUGUCUCUGAAACCAUGACUCUCCUCCACAGAGUCCAGACCACAUUCACUCAGCCGCUCUAUGCUGGAUUUCGGCUUUAUUACUCUGAUGGAGACACUGCAGAGUUGAUUAAAGUCAAAUAG